UCCUAAAAAGCUGUCAGAGUUCACUGCAAAACUGAGAUUACCACAAGUUGCGCGAGCAAGAGAGAGCCAUGGGCUACCUUCCUUUCUUCUCUCUAGAAACAUGGAUUCUACUGAUCACAUUUAUCUGCAUAUUUGUUCUGUAUGGCAACUGGACUUACAGGACAUUUGAGAAGUUGGGGAUCCCUGGUCCCAAGCCAGUGAUGUACUGGGGCACACUUAGCAGGCAAAACCCUGUUUACUACUUAGCUGACAACGAGUGUGCUCAAAAGUAUGGGAGGAUAUGGGGCAUGUAUGAGUUCAAGCUGCCCGUGCUGGUUGUGAUGGACCCUGAAAUGUUAAAAACCAUCCUGGUCAAGGAGUGCUUCACCUACUUUACCAACCGGAGGAACCUACGUCUGAAUGGGGACCUCUAUGACGCCGUGUCUAUUGCUGAGGAUGAUCAAUGGAGACGGAUUCGUAACAUCCUCUCUCCUUCCUUCACCUCCGGCCGUAUAAAAGAAAUGUUUACCAUCAUGAAACAUCAUUCCCACAAACUGACAACCUGCCUGCAGUCCAAAGUGCGCAAUGGUGAAGUCGUUGAUAUAAAAGACUUCUUCGGACCCUACAGUAUGGAUGUGAUGGCUAGCUGUGCAUUCAGUGUGGAUAUGGACACAAUCAGCAACCCCUCAUGUCCCCUCAUAACCCACGCCUCCAAGCUGUUCAGAUUCUCCAUACCUCUUUUUAUUUUCCAAGGGUUUUUUCCCUUAUUUCUUCCUCUCUUGGAGCUGUUGGGUGUCUCAUUCUUCCCUACGACUUCUAUUGCUUUCUUUAAAACGGUUGUGGAGAAGAUGAGAGCAGGACGAAAUGGGAGCUCACGGCAGAAUUCAGGAGAUAUUCUUCAACAUAUGAUCAACUCUCAGACUACCAAUGAACCCAAGAACAAAAAGCAGAAUAAAGGUCUUACUGAUCAUGAGAUUGUCUCUCAGAUUACAAUGCUUGCGUUUGCUGGUUAUGAGACGAGUGCCCUCACUCUAGUUUUCUUGGCCUACAAUUUGGCAAGAAAUCCUGAAGUCAUGAAACGCCUUCAAGAGGAGAUAGACUCCACUUUCCCUAAUAAGGGUCCGAUCGAAUAUGAAGCUCUCAUGCAGAUGGAGUACCUAGACGGUGUUGUGUGUGAGUGUCUGAGGCUUUACCCUCCAGCUGCUCGUCUGGAACGAACAGCCAAAGAAACUGUCAGGAUCAAUGGAAUCACAAUCCCAAAGGACAUGGUUGUUAUGGUUCCAGUCUUCGCUCUGCACCGCGACCCCGAGCUGUGGCCGGAGCCAGAAGAGUUCAAACCUGAAAGGUUUAGUAAGGAGAACAAGCAGAACAUCAACCCAUACACUUACCUGCCAUUUGGGGUUGGGCCAAGGAACUGUAUAGGGAUGCGAUUUGCUGUGGUAAUGGUUAAACUGGCCUUGGUAGAAGUUUUGCAGAACUACAGCUUCUCAGUCUGUGAGGAGACGGAGAUCCCUCUAAAGAUGGAUGCUCAAGGCCUUGUUGGACCCCUAAACCCAAUCAAACUGAAGCUGGUGACGCGUUCAAUCAAAGGCAACUAGUACUCAAAGAGAGGCGUCCCUCAAGGCUGGACUGAAUUUUCAAUUUUACUAACUGAAAUUGCUAUGUAAAGUCGACUACUACAGGUCUUCAGUCUGUAUCAUAAGUUUAUCACUAUGUCUGUUCUGAUUCAGAUCAGAUGACUUUUUGAUGACAGGUUGAGUUUUGGAGAACCUGACUCGAACUUACAGUACAUGUGUAUUAUGUUCAUGAAUUAUAGCAAAUUUAUGUCAAAAAGGCUGUGCCUACAAUAAUAUGGUAAACAGGAGAAUGGUUUGGAAUAAAAUAUCAAUUGAAAGAAAAUCAAAACACUCAUAAAUAACCUUUCUGGUAAUGAUCUGAAUAUGUUAUCUACUCAAUUUGGUGACGAUUAGAUGAAUCUGAAACACUCAAAAUGGAGGAAAAUUGCAGAUUGCCAGAAGACACAAGGACAACAUUCAUGAAUAUUUCUUGUUAUAUCUAAAUUGUUAAAAUGAUUGCAUACUCACUAAACUGUGGUUAAAAAAAAUAAAUACUGCAAACUGGUGGUACUUCCAGAGGCAAAACAAGUAGAUACUACUUUGUAAAGCCUAUUAUUUAAAGUUGUUUCACAUGUAAUCACUAGUCCACCUCUCAACUAAUAUCCACACAAUUUUCCUGAUUUGUAUGUCUAUGAAACUUAGGAGGAAAUUGGGGCAUUUGUAAGACCAUCCCCACAGUCUUGUAGCUGUGAAAUGACAGCGCUAAUUACUGAGUCACUUGACACGGCAAGUUUAUGACAAGAGGAACAAAACAGAAGGUAAAAACGCUAGUUAAAAAGUGUCAGACGUCUUAUAAAAGCAUGCCUAUACGCUUAACAACCAGUCAUCUAGGUCAGUGGCUCUUAACCUUUUUUGGUGCCAAGGACCCCUGAAAUUGAUACACAUCAGGCUGGG